AUGCGGAAAAAAUGGCAACUGUUCCACGCUACGGACUUCCUAUCUUUAAUGCAUCCCUGCUUCAGUUUCUGUCGUAUUCUUGGAAUAUUUCCGUAUAAGAUCAACAUUCUGACCUUCGAGGCAUCAAAACCGUAUUACAUUAUGUCGUCUGUGAUUAUUUGUAUCUGCUGCAUUUUAAAUCUCGCAUUGAUUCACGAUAUUUUCAUUUCUAAAGUAAUGAACUUUGAAGAUGUAAUCGAAAGUUUGGAGACUUUGGCUUUCUACACGAUCAGCGGUUUCGUUGUAAGCACCACGCAUGUCUUGAGUGGUUCACGAAUGCGCUUGCUACAAACCAUUUUGGAAAUCUCUUCGAAAUUGCCUUCGGAAUCAUAUCAGAAGUUAUCCAGAUUGAUUCAUGUCAAAGACAUCUUGGGUAAUAUUUUGCUAAUAGUGCAAUCAUCCAUGUUUGUUUUUAACGUACAGACGUUUGAACUGACCUAUUUAAAUGUUCUGGAUGUAAUAUUUAUGAUGUACUUGCAACUGAUAAUGUUUCAAAUGACUAUGUUGUAUAUAAAUUGUCUUUGUGUAUUAAAAUCUUGUUUCAAAAGAAUCAAUGACAAUUUAGUAUACAUGCAAAAGCUCCUGGUAAAAGAUAUAAAGCCACGUGUCUCCGGGAUAAUCUGGCACACGCAGAGAAAUCAAUUUUUAUUGAUAGAACUGAAGACCCUUAAAAAGCAGCAUCUAAUAAUUAGCGAAACAUUACAAAUGAUGAACAUAACAUUUAGCCCGCAACUUCUUGCUACUAUAGUUAUGUCUCUUAUUGAAACCACUAUUGAACUAUACUUCUAUGUAGUGCGCUGGAAAGAUGGGGUAUUCAUUAGCUUAGAAUGGCAGUUUUCUGGUAUAUUUUUAGCGACCACAGUAUUUUAUACUAUGAAAAUAACGCUACUUGUAUGGGCUUGCGAAACCGGAAAGAAUCAAGCUCAAAAGAUCAGCACCACUAUUCACGACGUACUUAAUAGCACCAGCGACGAACAAAUUAAAAAUGAGUUGCAGUUGUUUUCUUUACAAAUUCUACAUCGCAAGAAUAUAUUUUCGAUCAAAGCUUUCACUAUGGAUGCAUCGCUUCUCACUGCAAUGGUGAGCAGCAUCACAACAUAUAUGUUAAUUAUUAUACAAUUUUUUAUCAUGUCACAUUCCUGUGAUGAGAAAUCUGUAAUCUAUACUACAUGA